AUGGGCGCAUCCGACAAACCGAAAACCCGACACCGAUCCAUAGACCACGCUCGCUUUUUCCCAGUUUCCCUUGAUGCCAUUAUCCCCCAGGGCAAGGUCGUCUUCGUCAUCCAAGACUGGGGCUCAGGACUCGAAUUUGACUGGGCAUAUCAACACCGAAACUAUAUCGCAGGUUUAGCAUUUAUGGGAUUCAUCCGUCCCCACCUAGCCUUCGACGACGAGGUCACCGGCCGUGAAAUGAUCAUCGAUCAAAACUUGUUCAUCAAAGCCAUGAUGCUUCGUGGACUAGUUCAACAGCUUAGUCGCGAGGGACACGAAUCGUUAUCGGCAACCGUUCCUGGGUCCGGUGUCUCAAGAGCCCAUUUUCCGCCGGCCCAAUGGGAUUCCCAUCGAAGGAUACCCGGCCGGCAUCAACGAGAUAGUGACAUGACCGGCAUCUCCAGGUCGAGGGAUACAUUUUCUCCAGGAAGAUCAUCCGCUUUGAUCGGUGAGGAGAUUGCCCAGCGACCAAAGACAAUUGAAUCGGGUAAAAUAGAGGCGUAG